ACCCCACCAAUCACACUCAGGGACCGUUUCAGGCUGCAGACGGGACCGGUGCUGAUGCAGGUCUGAGUCCCGGCAGAACCGGACCCAAGCCGCCACCAUGAGUCUGAACUACGCGUCCGCGGCGCCGCCUCAGAGGUCCACGUCGUUUUUUAUUGAGGACAUCUUGUUGCACAAACCCAAACCGCUGCGGGAGGUCAUCCCGGGCCCGUUCUGCGGGUCCCUGGCGUCCCGGAUGCCCAUCCUGGAGUACGGAUACCCUCUGAUGCCCACGCCGAUCCUAGCUCCGCAUCCGCACGCGCUCCACAAGCCGGAGCAUCAGCAGUACUUCUUCACCUCCGGGAUGCAGAUACCGGCCCUGUUCCAGCACCACACCGACCUACCGGGGAAACACUGCCGGCGGCGGAAGGCCCGCACGGUCUUCUCCGACUCUCAGCUGUCCGGCCUGGAGAAGCGCUUCGAGAUCCAACGGUACCUGUCGACACCAGAGCGCGUGGAGCUGGCUACGGCGCUCAGCCUCUCCGAGACCCAGGUGAAGACCUGGUUUCAGAACCGACGGAUGAAGCACAAGAAGCAGCUGAGGAAGGCGCAGGACGACCGGAAGACUCCUGCAGACCUGGAGCGGUGCGCGGAGAACUCCAGCGAGGGAGAGCUGAACGAGCGGAGCGCGGAGGAGCUGAGACAGAACCUGGAACCGGAACCGGACUCAUACAUGCUGGAAGACAACGAGGACGACGUAGACGUGGAGGACGACGUCUGUUCGCCGGAUCAUCUACUAUAGUCCGCUAUAAGUGGCUUCCACCGAACUGCAGAUAGUUCCCCCAGAGAACUAUUAUUAUUAUUAUUAUUAUUAUUAUUAUUAUUAUUAUUAUUAUUAUUAUUAUUAUUAUUAUUAUGCUGUCACUGCCUUCCGUCGCGUCUAUGUACUUGUAUAAAUUUCUGUAAAUAACACGGAGCUCUUUGUAACACCGCCCAUUUGCACUUAACGAAAAGAAGGAAAAAAAACUUAAAACAUGAAUUUUCUUUUCCAUGUUUGCCGUGUUUGUCCUGUAGAUGAGACACCAACUGACGCUGCUCGCGCGCGUGUGUCUGCAGUCAUGUGUCCUUUAAUGUAUUAAUUUUUGAGAAAAAAAAUGUAAUCUGUAAAUCAGCUGAUGAGUUGUGAGACGCGUGCGCAGCCGGACCUAUUGGUUUUGAUUUCUGCGCUCUGGAUCGAGCCCUCUGCAGGUCUCCCUGUCUCCUUGCUUUCUGUGACUCCCUGGUGCUGGACUGGAGUUGGACCUCUUGUCUUCUCCUUGGCCCGAUGCAUUGUGGGGUAUCUACACACCAGAGAAGGCUUUUCUCAGCACAUUUACACCUGGUGGUUUGACCACUCACAGAACAGCUGAAGGCUUCCUGGUGCACUUUGAUGAUCUGAAUUUAAUUCCGGUGAAAUAUUCUGAAGCAAAAAUGCCCCGAUGACAUUUUUAAAUAAGAGAUUUUAGUGGAUUUUACGAUUUUAUUACUCAUCCUAUUUUAUCUGAAUAGAAUGGAAUAAAAUAGAAUAUUUAUUGUCCCUCAGCAGGGAGAUUAGACUGAUAACAUUUUUAUUUGUUAAAAAUACAAAUAAGGUCAUUGAUACCUGCCCUCUCAAAAACAAAACUAAAACUUAAAGUUCAGAAAUUAAACCAAUAAAUUCUUUAAAUGAGAAUUUUUUGUCAUUUAAAAUUUCGAUUGUCAUCAUAUAUAUAUA